AUGGCCACUAUCACACCGACCGACGCUGCACGCUACCCGCCGCCGGGUACGGCGAGUCCUUCCUCCUUUGCCUUCCUCCAGGUUGCCGAGACAGCGACCAAGGACGUGCCUGUCGCCCUCUGCCUGGCUACCGCGGACGGCUCGCUGGUCCAGGAGGUCCAGCAGCUCGGCUGGAAUGAUGAUGCUACUCCUGGCCUCUCUCCGUACUUUGUCGCUGCACACGAGUCUGGAAGCUCUACUGCUGCCGCUGCUAUGUCAGAGGCCGAGCUGUCUGAGGAAGAGAAGCUCCGUCGUGAGCGCCAGCGAGUCCUCGCUCUCGGCGUCUACAAGUACGAGGUCCACAAGAAGACUGGCCGCGUGCUCAUCCCGGCCCACAACGCGCUGCGCGUUCAGUCCUCGCCACCAGACUCGCCGCUCUUUACCCUCCUCUCGCUCGACGACAUGCGCGCCGCUGUGCCUGAGUCGGCCGCCGCAGACUCGCUCCUCGAUGCCCGCUUCUUGCCCGACGCUUCGGGCGUCUCGUUUGUCUUUGACUCGGAGGUCUACGUUGUCGAUCUGCCUCCCGCAGACGCGCCCGAGAAAAGGCCGGCUUCAAAGCCGCGACAGGUCACCUCUGGCGCCCGCGGCACGGCGGCCAUCAACGGCCUCGCCGACUACAUCGCCCAGGAGGAGAUGGGUCGCUACACCGGGUACUGGUUCUCGCCUGACGCCUCACGUGUGGCCUUCACCCAAACAGACUCGUCGCAUAUUCCGCAAUAUGCCAUCGCCCGCCAGGGCGACGACAAGCUCUCGACCGAGGAGCAUCGAUACUGCUUUGCCGGUGCUUCCAACUGCACCACCCGCCUCGGCAUCAACACACUCGUCGGCGAGGCGACAGACACACUCUGGAUCCCGCUCUCUCUGCUCUCAGUCGACACGCCUGGCGCCGCCUCGCCUGACGCCGAGACCUACCUCGCCCGCGCCCACUGGGACCCGGCUGACGGCUCGCUCGUCAUCGAGCUCGAGGACCGGGCGCAGACAACGCUGCAGCUCAUCCGUGUCGAUCCGGUGUCUGGCGAGAGGAGCCUUUUGUUCUGUGAGGUCACCAAGGUGUGGAUCAACCUCCACGACCUAUACACCCCGCUCGGCUCCGACGCCGACGGCGCGUUCCUCUACGCCUCGGAAGCCUCGGGCUUCCUGCACCUCACUUAUCACGCCGCCAAUGGCUCGCUUGUCCGCACGCUCACAUCGGGCGAGUACAUGGUGACUGCCAUCCGCGGUGUGGCCCUCGACGCCGGUGUUGUGUUCUUCGAGUCGACUCUUGGCGGGCCCACCCACACCCACCUCUGCGCCGUCAAGCUUGACGGCUCCGCGCCGCCAGUGGCGCUCACCGCCGACCGGCCGGGCGUCCAUGUCACUGCCGUCUCGCCACUUGGCACCCACGUCGUCGACGCGUGGUCUUCCGCCGCUGCGCCGACCAAGGUCCAGGUCUUUGCCUUUGACGCAAACGCCUUGGCGCUCGUGCCGGUCGGAAGCGGCGAACCGGUCUUUGACGCGGCGGCCUCAGACAAGGCCUACGCCCGACUUGGUUCGGCCCUCACGAUUCCGGAGCUCUUUUCAUUUACCACUGCCGACGGCGCCGAGCUCCACGGCCUGGUGUUCAAGCCGGAUGCAGCUGCGCACGGGCCGGGCCCGUACCCGACCAUUGUCCAUGUCUAUGGCGGGCCACAUGUCCAGUACGUGCUGGACAACUGGUCACGGGCAACGGCAAACAUGCAGGACCAGAUGCUGGUCUCGGCAGGCUACGCAGUCGUCCGGGUCGACAACCGCGGCUCGGCCCGCCGCGGCCUGGCCUUUGAGGGCGCCAUCAAGCACAACAUGGGCGAGGUCGAGGUCGCCGACCAGGUCUCGGGCGUGGAGCAUCUGGUCGCCGCCGGCGUCGCCGACCCCAGCGCUGUCGGCAUCUUUGGCUGGUCGUACGGCGGGUACAUGUCGCUCUCGGCACUCUUCCGCGCCUCGUCGACCUUCCACGUGGCCAUCGCCGGUGCGCCCGUCACCGACUGGAGCCUGUACGACACCCACUACACCGAACGGUAUAUGGGCACACCCGAGUCGAACCCAGACGGCUACCACGCGUCGUCGGUCCUCACCCAUGUUGACGGCAUGGCGCCGUCGGCAAAGCUCCUUCUCAUCCACGGCCUCAUCGACGAGAACCUCAUUGCCGCCGGCAAGCACCACCAGCUGCUGCUGCUGCCGUCCGAGCGCCAUGCCCCGCGCUCGCAGGCGACCCGCGAGUACAUCGCCAACUCGCUGCUCGCGUUUUUCAACGACCACCUGCGCCCGCACGCCGCGUCGUCAUGA